AUGCUUGGGCGUGUUGUCGUGCCUUUCCAAAUACAAGAUGUGGCCACAUCAUCUGCUGUUAUUCUUCUCAUACAUGUUGGAGAUAAUUCGAUGCGAGCAUCAAACGUCAAUCCUUGUCAAACACGUCAUCACAUGGAUGCACCGCAACGCUCCACUUGGACUACGAUUGAACGUGCCCAAUUACCUUACCUGCUGCCACCUAAACAUAUGAUCGAGGCCGAAAGACUCGCGGAGGUCCGCGAGAAGAAAGCAAAGAACGUGAUGAGGGAGUUAAGGAUACAGAAGCUCUGCCUGAAUAUCUGUGUUGGAGAGUCCGGUGAUCGGCUAACUCGUGCAGCGAAGGUGCUCGAACAGCUCACAGUUCGUGGUGCUAAGGCUGAAGAGAUACUGGAGAAAGGACUGAAAGUCAAGGAGUUUGAAUUGCAUAAGGAGAAUUUCUCAAAUACUGGAAAUUUCGGUUUCGGUAUCCAGGAGCACAUAGACCUUGGAAUCAAGUAUGAUCCAGCUAUCGGGAUUUAUGGCAUGGACUUUUAUGUUGUUCUUGCCCGUCCUGGUGGUCGUGUUGCAAAAAGGAGGCGAGCGCCUGGACGCGUUGGACCAGCUCAUCGUGUGACUCGCGAUGAGGCAGUGAAGUGGUUUCAGCAGAAGUAUGAUGGAAUCAUCCUCCCUCCCAAGCCUAGGGUUAAGCGAAACGUUCACCGCAGACGUUAA